AUGGCCGAAGAUAACAACAACAUGCAGCCGGACGUCCUCAGCGCCCUGGUUGCCGAGAUACGAAGUCUGAGAGAAGAGAAUUCCCGAAGAAAUACCCUGUUUGAAGAACGUUUUAUUGCCCUGGAACAACACCAGCAAGCCCGUUCGUCUGAACUCCUAGAGCCAAUGCCAUCUGUCACCCCGGCUGUCCCCAUCGAGGACACCCAUGUGGGCGCCAAUCACAACCCUCACCCAACCAAGCGCCCCAAAUUACGAGACAUCCCUAAAUUCGGCGGCGACAAGGCCCAGUGGCGAAGCUGGAAACUAGAAACCGAAGGAAAGCUACGAGUCGAUAAAGAAGCCCUUGGAGAUGCAGAAGGCCACUUUAUGUACAUCUUCAUGAGCCUAGAAGGCAAGGCUAAAGACAACGUGACCACAUUUGUGGAGAUGCAAACCGAGAAGAGAACGUUCAAUGUUGCUGAACUACUCAACCGUCUCGAAUUGCUGUACGGGGAGAGGGAUCGCAAGCAGAGAGCUACACGCAAUCUGCAUUCGAUUAAGCAAGGAGAGAAUGAACCAUUCACGUCCUUUUACCCCCGCUUUGAGAGGGAGAUCGCCAAUGCCAACGCCGAGUAUUGGCCAGACGACAGCAAGAUUUCCUACCUCCAGGAGGCACUAAACGACAAAAUGAAAGCAGCCCUCAUAGGCUCUGACCCCUCUGCCAUCAGCAGCUAUGUUGGGCUGGCGAGGAGGUGCGAUUCGCUGAGCAGCCAGAUGGAACUGUUGGACGUCAGGGUGAACGGCACAGACUUUGUGCCAUCUCUUGUCGACUAUGGCUGCCUCUGCUACGGCGCGGUCAGCAAGCGCACAUUUCACUCUCUCCAGUUGCCACAUAUACGCGUCCAGCCGCGCAUCUUGGAGAAUGCAGCGGGAGACGGCAAGGAGGUCAAAAUCGACAAGAUCACGUAUGUGUCGAUCGACCUCGAUGGACAUCAGCAGCAUCGUGUUUUCAUGUACGUCAUCGACGAUCUGAACUGGGAUAUGAUCCUGGGUAAACGAUGGAUGGAAGACCAGGAUGUUCACAUCCAUGCGAAGGAAGGAUAUCUCGAGAUCGGGUCCAAUGGAGUCCAAGUACGAGACCGACGACGUUACCAGCCUCCUCAGCUAGACGUCUCUAAUGUCAUGGCCGCAACCUUUUUAGCAGAAGCACGCCGUGACAAACGCAAAGGCGGCAUUGGAGUUCACUCGGUCACAAUGGCGGAUAUUGACAAGGCCCUAAGACCGAAACCGAAGACUGACGUAAUGGAGAAGCUGCCACCACAGUACCACAAGUGGUCUCGAGCUUUCUCUCAGCAACUGGCCGACCAGCUGCCCCCUCAUCGGCCAGGUGUGGACCUGAAGAUCGAAGUGCUGAAAGACGAGCAUGGCCGAGAGGAGCCCCUACCCUGGGGACCGCUUUACAGCAUGUCCCGCGAGGAGCUAUUGGUGCUACGAAAGACCCUCACAGAACUACUCGACAAGGGAUUUAUUAGAGUCAGCAGCUCGCCAGCCGCAGCACCAGUCCUUAUGAGGGACCGCUAUCCCUUGCCUUUACUGAGCGAGACCUUGCGAACGAUAGCCAAGGGUCGCCCUGGCGACGAAGAAAAGACAGCCUUCAGAACGCGCUAUGGAUCCUUCGAAUGGCUGGUAGUUCCAUUCGGCCUGACAGGCGCACCAGCAGCCUUUCAGCGGUAUAUUAACAGCGUGCUCCAGGAUUACCUCGAUGAUUUUGUGUCAGCGUAUAUCGACGAUGUCCUGAUCUUCUCCUCUGGAAGCCUGCAAGACCACCGCGACAAAGUCGGCAAGGUCCUCCAACGACUGAUGGACGCUGGGCUGCAACUGGACAUCAACAAGAGCGAAUUCGAAGUCAAGGCUGUGAAAUACCUUGGGUUCAUCAUCGAGGCGGAGUGUGGGAUCCGAGUCGACCCAGAGAAGGUUGAGGCUGUGAAGGGAUGGGCAACCCCGACGAAUAUUAAAUCCGACGUGCCAUUCCGUUGGGAUGGAUUGUGCGAAGAAGCCUUCGAGAAGCUCAAGGACCUGUUGAUCACGGCCCCGAUCCUGCACACUUCCAUCCAGAAAGGAGACUAUAGGAAAGCGGACGCUUCAGGAUUCGCGUCGGGAGGCAAACAUUCGGCAGCCGAAGCGAACUACGCUAUCCAUGACAAGGAGCUACUCGCCAUUCUCAGAUGUUUGGAGCAGUGGGAACCAGAGCUACGGGCAGUAGAGCACUUCAAGAUCCUAACGGACCACAAGAACCUGAGAUACUUCUACUCGGAAAGGAGGUUGACAGAGAGACAAGUGCGGUGGUCGGAGUUCCUGUCCAAGUUCCAAUUCAAGCUCGAAUGGAGGCCGGGCCGCAAGGGCGGAUUGCCUGACGCGCUCUCGACGGGACCAGGAUAUGCCGGCAAACUACUCCGAUGA